CCAACUGGCCAAUCAGUGUGUUGGAGUGCCAGUUGUGUUGGGGUGCAGUGUUGUGGUUGGCCAAUGAGCAGUGAGCAGUGUCUCAGGGUGCAGCACCUGGAUAAUGAGCACCCCGGGCUGCACGGGACAGCAAUCAGUGCCUGCAGUGAUAACCUAACCAGUGCCCUGGCCAUCUGGGGAGCCUGUCGGGGUGCCAGGCAGCCAGCAAAUCAGAUGUUGGCAUGCAUCCAGGCUCCGCCUCCAUGUAAUUAACGGGGUGUUAAUUGCGGGAUAAUAAGCAGGGGGUGGGGCAGAGGGAGGGGCGCCCCCGCGGCACAAAGCGGCACCUGGGUCCGCCCCACCCCUGCCCGCCUCUGUCCCCUACAUGUCCCCACGUGUGCCCUGGCCUGGGCUGGCUGCCUGCCCUUGCCCCACCUCCUCCACACGCACGUGUCCCCUGUCCCGAACCCAAUGUCCACGUGUUCUCGUGUCCCUGUGUCCCCAUGUCCACAUCCCCAUGUCCCACUGCCCCCAUCCCCAUGUUCCCACCUUCAUUCCAAUGCCCCCGUUUUGCUGUGUCCUGUGUUCACAUAUCCCAGUGUUCUUAUGUCCCCAAGUCCCCAUCCCAAAGCUCCCAUGUCUCUUAUCUCCAUGUCCACAUACCCCUGUGCCCACAUCACCACAUCCUCAUGUCUCCAUGUCCCUGUCGUACUGUCAUCCCAUUAUCUCCACUGUCCCCACGUCCUCCAGUUUGGCCGGACCGAGGUCAUUGACAACUCCCUGAAUCCUGACUUCCUGCGCAAGUUUGUCCUUGAUUAUUACUUUGAGGAGCGGCAGAACCUGCGCUUUGACCUGUAUGAUGUGGACUCCAAGAGCCCUGACCUCUCCAAGCAUGAUUUCCUGGGCCAGGCAUUCUGCACCCUGGGGGAGAUUGUGGGCUCAGCUGGCAGCCGCCUGGAGAAGCCCCUGACGAUGGGGACAGCCAUUAUGCAGCCCCGGGGCAGGAGACCUGCCCCGGCCACCUCCAAUGGUGGUAUUCCGGGGAAGAAGUGUGGCACCAUCAUCGUCCUCGCUGAAGAGUUGGGAAACUGCCGGGACGUGGCCACACUCCAGUUCUGUGCCAACAAGCUGGAUAAGAAGGAUUUCUUUGGAAAAUCUGAUCCCUUCAUGGUCUUCUACCGCAGCAACGAGGACGGGACUUUCACCAUCUGCCACAAGACGGAGGUGGUGCGGAACACCCUGAACCCUAUCUGGGCAGCUUUUGCCAUUCCGGUGCGUGCCCUCUGCAAUGGGGAUCAUGACCGAGCCAUCAAGGUGGAGGUAUACGACUGGGACCGUGAUGGCAGCCACGACUUCAUAGGGGAGUUCACCACCAGCUACCGGGAACUGGCACGGGGUCAGAGCUGCUUCAAYGUGUAUGAGGUGGUGAACCCCCGGAAGAAGAUGAAGAAGAAGAAGUACCUCAACUCAGGGACGGUGACACUGCUGUCCUUCACUGUGGAGGCCGAGCACACCUUCCUGGACUACAUCAAGGGCGGGACCCAACUCAACUUCACAGUGGCCAUCGACUUCACAGCAUCCAAUGCCCACGUCCCUGCACUACCUGAGCCCCUUCCAGCUGAAUGCCUACAGCCUGGCACUGCGGGCCGUGGGGGACAUCAUCCAGGACUACGACAGCGACAAGAUGUUCCCAGCCCUUGGCUUUGGUGCCAAGGUCCCCCCGGAUGGGCACGUGUCCCACGAGUUCCCACUGAAUGGGGAUGCAUCAAACCCGGCGUGCYGUGGCAUUGCGGGGGUGCUGGAGGCGUAUCAGCGCAGCCUGCGCCGUGUCCAGCUCUACGGCCCCACCAACUUUGCCCCCGUCGUCAACCAUGUUGCCCGGUAAGAGGGGCCCUGUGCUGUGGGGUGGGGUCUCUGUGCCCCCCCGGCGUCACGCAGGGUCCCCUCAGCUCGGCAGCCACGGUGCUGGAUGGGUCCCAGUACUUUGUCCUUCUCAUCAUCACCGAUGGUGUAAUCUCCGACAUGGCCCAGACCAAGGAGGCCAUUGUCAACGCUGCCAAAUUGCCCAUGUCCAUCAUCAUUGUGGGGGUCGGCCAGGCCGAGUUCGAUGCCAUGGUGGAGCUGGAUGGGGACGACAUCCGCAUCUCUUCCCGUGGGAAAGUGGCUGAGCGUGACAUUGUCCAGUUUGUACCAUUCCGUGACUACAUGUCAGGGGGUCCUGGCGCAGGGCUGAGCAUGGCAGGUCUGGCACGGGAGGUCCUAGCGGAGAUUCCUGAUCAGCUCCUCUCUUACAUGAAGGCGCGGGGCAUUAAACCCCUCCCUGUCCCUCCCAUGUCCCUUGAAACCCCUCCACCCUGACUGCCCACUCCUGACACACCARAUCCCCUCAUCCCACCCCAGGACCCUCUGUCCAGAGGCCAAAGGCAGCCAGAGUCUGCCAGGGACCUGGAAAUGGGGGUUCCUCUCCUCCCCUCCACAACCUCGGGUCCCCUCCCAUCCAGGUUUCCACCACCACUCCCAUAAACCAGCUUUUGGUGUUCUGAGGGGGAUUGGGAUCGUGUUGACUGAGCAUCCUUGGCCACGGGAUAUGGGUUCCCCCCCCAUAUACCAUCCAGGACAGUCCUGACCCCCCCCAAUAAGGGACAGGGAGUCUUCACCCUCCUGAGGAGAAAGCUGGGGUGUGCAGGAGCCUCCCACAAAUGUGGAGUGCCCCUCCAGGGUGAUGCAUGAUUCCUCCUCACCCCACCACCCCUCCCAAAUCCAUAGACCUUGCCCCCACUCCCCAUUUCCUGGGCUGAUUCCAGUGGGGCCCCCAGUGUUUUUUGUGUUCCCUCUUGCCAUGUUGCAUGUGUCUGUGUAGGUUUGUAUUGAGUUGCCUUAAAUCGCAAUAAAUUAUUGUGGCUUUAAUUACAGCCCCCUCCCCCGGGACUCCCCAGCAUCUCCCCUAAAAGGCGUCCCCCUUGGUUGCGUGUGUAACCUCCCAUGCGUGAUCCUCCCCACCUGUAACUCUCCCCAGCUGUGUGACAGCUUCUGGGACUGUGACAACUUCCCUGCUCAACUGUGUGACUCCCCACCGCCAGCUCUGACCCCUCCCAUCUGUGACCCCCCCAAGCUGUGACCUCCCUCCAGCUGUGUCACUCCCUCAACCUGUACUCCCCCCUGUGACACCCCAGUUCUGACCCUCCCCAUCUGUGUGAACCCCCACACCCCAUGUGAACCUCCUUGGCUGUAUGUGCCCUGCCCCUGGCUGUGACACCCCCAACUGUGUGAUGGKCCCCAUGUCUGAUAUCCCUGGCUGUGUGUGAUGGCACCACACUGUGUGAUACCUCCCGACUGUGUGUGACACUCCCAGCUGUGUGACCCACUCCCGCAGUGUGUGACCCCAAAAAUUGCAAAUACACUGAAACCACUUGGAG